AUAUUAAAAAAUAGUAGGCAUUGAAUAUUAAUACACUGAUUGUUUGAUAUGACAUUCAAUAAUAAUAAUCACUAUUUAUUAUAUAAUACACUAUUAAUAAUACAGACUGACUGUACUGUACUGUAGUAUUGGGUAUUAAUAUCAUAUAAGGCUUACAGUUGUGUUGUAUUUCUCAUAAUUGAUUGACAUUUGAGAGAAACGAUAGAUUCAAUUGAUUUGAUUGUCUUACGUGUCGUUAAAGGAGAAAAAGAGAGAGAGACUGGUGUUAGUGGUGAUCACCAUUGAUCCGACCAAAUAUCAUACUCAGACAUACAUAUCUGGACACGAAAUACUUGAUGUCAAACAGAAAUGUCCGAUAAUUCGGCUACCAUUGAGACCGUUCGGGACGAAUGGAAAGUACUGACCGACGAGUAUCACACUCUAGAGGAAAGUCACAAAUCGUAUGUGAAUUCAAUCACAGAGUUUACCAAAUUGCAGAACAAAUGUCUCAAAGAUAUCAAUCACCAGAAGUACCGGUUAAGUCAAUUGAGACAAUCGAUUAAAAAAUGCACGACGACUACUGACGAAGAGAGUCAACUACGGGACGAUAUAGUGCGCCAAAUGGACAGUCGUGCGGCACACGUGCGCGAUAUUAGACAGUCGUUACCGCAACCUAAUGGUCUCUAUUUGAAUAUUGUAUUGGGAAAUAUCAAUUCAACAUUACUAGACAGUGAACAACGAUUCAAAUACAAGGAACAGUACGAAAUGUUCAAAUUGGUGGUUACGUGUGUCAUAUUAGUGGUCAGUGCAAUGGAUCUGAUUUUUCAAUCGCGAGUAUGCGAUGCGAUUCUCCAUUUCCUUCUUGUUUGGUACCACUGCACGCUUACCAUCCGUGAGAGCAUAUUAGUGGUCAACGGUUCACGAAUUAAGGGCUGGUGGCGGACAUUGCAYUUUCUGACCACUAUUUUGGCCGGUGUUAUGGUUGUCUGGCCCGACGGCUUAAUUUACAACAAAUUUCGUGUCCAAUUUGUCUGUUAUAUAUGUUACUCAAGUUUUCUGCAAUUUUUACAAUAUUACUACCAAUACGGUUGUCUAUACCGGUUGCGAGCACUGGGCGAACGGUACGACAUGGACAUCACGAUCCAAGGUUUUCACUCGUGGAUGUGGCGCGGACUGGGAUUUUUAUUGCCAUUUCUCUAUUUUGGUUAUCUGUUCCAGUUCUACAAUGCCUAUACUCUCUACAAUAUGUACAAAUACGAUCCCAUUUGUGUUGAAUGGCAGGUGCCAGUGGUUGCCGUCCUAUAUUUUGUCAUAUUUUUAGGUAAUACUAUGACCACAUUUUUGGUGAUCCAUCAGAAACUGACCGGAAAAUCCAAAGUGAAACCAAAGCUGACAUAA